AUGAUAUUACCGAUUCCUCUUGAUACAUUUUUCAAUUUAUCUUGGGAGAGAAAACCAAUCCUAGCUCAGCGACGGUCCUCAAGUUAUAAUAAUGGUCUCUUCAGCAGUCAUGAUUUGGAUAGAAUAGUGAGAGAGAAUUACAUUGAAUACUCUGUGAACUUGGAUGUUACAACAUAUGAAAAUGGGGUAAGAGAAACACAUAAUGCUGAAGGAAGAGUACUAGCUUCUGUAAUGUGGGACUAUUAUCAGAAUGGAUGUUCAAUUCGAAUGCUUAAUCCGCAAACUUAUUCAGAGUCAUUAUGGAAAUUUUGUUCGUUACUACAGGAAUAUUUCGGAAGCUUUGUUGGCUGUAAUAUGUACCUGACUCCACCUGGCACACAAGGGUUUGCACCCCAUUUUGAUGAUAUCGAAGCGUUCGUUUUGCAGUUAGAAGGAAAAAAAAAGUGGCGAUUUUAUAAUCCAAGAGAUGACUCCGAGAUUCUUCCUGAGUAUUCUAGUGGAAAUUUCAAUCAGAACGAGAUUGGUAAACCAUCAUUUGAAUUUGUGUUGGAACAAGGAGAUUUUGCUUAUUUUCCGCGGGGAACCAUUCAUCAAGCACAAUCAUUACCGGAUUGCCACUCAUUGCACAUAACUGUAUCAACGUGCCAGCUUCAUUCGUUCGGAAAGUACUUCGAAAAGCUUUUACCUAUGGCAAUACGUUCUGCGUUCAAGAAUAACUUGGGGCUAAGGAAAUCCUUACCUCCUGAUUUCUUUGCUAACAUCGGUGGAAUUCAUGCGGACUCCAAAAAUGCCCGACGAAAACAGUUAACCACCGAAGUAAAGCAGUUUCUGAAAGAUAUCAUCGAUGACGCUCCUAUUGAUGAAGCGGCGGAUCUAUUUGCUGCGGGCGUUAUUCAUGAUUAUCUACCACCAUGUCACACUCAAGAAGAGAGAAAUUGUAUGAUCUUCACAACCGGAGGUCGUUGGAAUGGAUCAGGUGUUGUGAGCUGUGUGACAUUAAAUGAAGAUAACAGAAUCAAAUUAGUUCGCCGCGAAGUCGCUAGACUUGUUAAAGGCGAUUCUAAUUAUCAGCUGCAUUUUUCUACGGAGAAUUCUAAAGUAUACCAUGGAUAUCAACCACAAUUUAUUGAAUUGCCUUGUGAAAUGAUCGAUGCCGUGAAAUAUCUUUUUAACUCCUAUCCGGAUUACAAGAGAGUUGGAGAUCUACCUGGUAGUGAUAAGGAUAUCAAAGUAGAUCUUGCGAAUGUAUUAUAUGAAAAGGGUAUUAUUAUGACCCAAUUUCCUAUAUCGCGCUAA